GCACGUUAAACUGCACUACAUCUUCUCUAUUUGUGGGCCUACACUGGUGCGAAAUCAAACUGCACUACGUCUCUUGCUCUGGUCACUAUAUGUAACAACAAACCUAGUCUUCCUCCUAAGAGUCAACACACCACACCACGCACACCAGAUAUCCAGCCAUGCCAUCUGAGCACGCCAUGUCCCUCCAAACCCUCUUGGACUCCGCUCGGCCCUUCAUCCGCGGCGAGCUCGAGUCGAUUGACAAGAAAUUGCCCUCUUUGGUGGAUGUCUUGCGGUCUGUGGGUGCGGGUGAGUGCUGGCACAAGCACGGGAGUUUUCUCGAACACCUUGUGGACAUCUACAAAAUUUUGAAAUUAUGGAAGGUGCAGGAUUCUGUUUGUCUCUGCGGCCUCUUCCACUCCGCUUACUCGAAUUCCUAUGUCAAUCUUGCUAUAUUUGAUCCCUCGACGGGACGCGAUGUGGUUCGCAACCAUGUGGGUGUUGCUGCAGAGAGACUGAUCCACUUGUUUUGUAUUGUACCGCGGCAACGCUUGAUCCACGACGAUCUAUUGUUUCAAUACACCGAUUCCGAACUCAUCGACCAUCUCAAGAAGUCAGAGAUGUCAGUGAAGAAUGCAAAAGAGAAGGGAUUGUUUAAUGGGGAAGAACAAUGGAGGAAGAAAAUCAGUAAUCUCUUGCCUGCUAGUGGAAUUACCGUAAAGCACAUCAAGACCAAUGAAGAUGUGCUUGUUACAAGAAGAAUUGCUGCUGUUUUUCUCUUGAUGACCAUGGCAGAUUUCAGUGACCAGCUUUUUGGGUUUCAAGAUAUGUUGUUUGACAACUCUGAUGGCAGGCUUGAAUUCAAAGGAAACAACUAUGCCGCUUUGUGGCCUGGAGAUGGCAAGCCAGGGCUAUGGAUGAAUUCCAUAUCAAGAAUGGGUACAAUUUACAACAUGAUAGUGAGGGAGGAAGAGAUUUUUAUUGAAGAGAGGAAAAGGGGAGGAGGUAUUGGUGUUGAUGUCAACAGAGAUGAGGAUACAGAGCUUGUGGUGCCACCAGUGUUUGAAUACUGCACAAGAGUUCUGGAUGCAAGAGAGCAGAUCGAGGCAAGAGACCUGUACUGGGAAGGUGUUUGUGAUAUGUCUAAGAGAGGAUUAGAUGGAGCAGAGGGGUUGCUUUUGAGGUGUGUGGAGAAGAACCCAUUUAUUGGUGAGCCACAUGUGGUGUUGAGUCAGGUUUAUUUGACAAAAGGGUGCUUUGAGGAGGCUGAGAGAGAGGCAGAGAAAGGGCUUACUUUGAUUUUGGAGUGGGGGAGCCCAUGGGACAAGAGGAUGACUUGGGAAGGAUGGGUUGCUUGGACCAGAAAUCUGUUGAUGAAAGCUAAAGAGAAGUCUUGGCCCAAUACUUCUUGGGGAAUCCUUAACUUGGGCCUUGUUAGGUAAAUUGCUUUUAUUACCUUCCAUGUCUAUGUUUAGCUACAAGAACUAGUACUAGUUCUCGUCUUCAAUAAAAUGCACUACAAUUCAAAGCCUUUUUUGGGGGUGUGUAUAAAACUAUACAUAGAUAAUGGACACAUUAUGAAUCUAUGAUUAAGGCGUCCCUUUGGAA